AAUACUCUAAAUAUUGGAGGAACGGGUGGUUUCCGCUUUAUGACGGAAAUAAAGGAGGGUGUAUAUGGUAUUGGAAUAUGGCCUGACGGUACAGAUGCUGAUUAUGAUAGUUUAGUGGAUGAAAUAGAAGCAGCGAUCCCGGAAUGUACUCAAUGGUCAAAUCGUAGACCAAAUAUAGGAGAUUUUGUAUUUGGUCAAAGGAUAGACAACACUUGGAUUAGGGGAUAUAUUAUAUGUGUGCUACCAUCCUUAAAACUGGCUAUGAUCGACGAAACUAAAUUAGUGCGAGUUAGUUGCCUUGCUACGUGCGAACCACCCCUUUCAGAUAUGUAUGCAUUUACUGGAGUAUGUGAAUUAAAUGAUACUACAUAUAAAUUGGAGGAAUAUGAGGAUUAUGAAUUUAAAGUAGUAGGCCGACCAGAUGAUGAGAAACCAGACGAAUUUGAAAUAUUAAUUCUUAAAGGAGAUUCUGUGUUAAAAGCUACUAUAAAGCCUUGGAUUCCAACGCCGGAACAA